AUGAUCUCAAAGACAAUUACUUUUUGUGCUUUAUUGGCUCUGUCAUAUGCAGAAGUCAUCCAACCAGCACGUUACCCUGUUUCGCCUCUAAAUACGUUUUAUCCUGAGGUACCUUCAAAUAUUUUACACAAUCACAUAUCCUCUUUGGUAGCUUAUCAAUCAGCUCCCUUAAUAUAUCCUUCGCCCAAUUUAUAUUCGAACAUCUUACCUCAACAAUUCUAUCAAUAUGCGGCUCCGAAUUACCCAUAUACUGUAGCCGCUCCUUUACAAUAUUCUGGCGCUAUCGAAGAAAUAGUAUCCUUAAACGAAGAACCAGUCGUUUAUGUAGAACCUGUGGUAUAUGCAACUCGUCAACACGUCAAUCCUGAAGCCGUCGUUGAAGCUCAGCCGGAACAUGAGGAGAAGCCACAUUACCUCUUUGCAUACUCUGUAGUGGAUAAUCAAACUGGUGACAAUAAGCAACACCAAGAGAGGCGGGAGGGCGACAUCGUUCGAGGGGAGUACUCUUUACUCGAAGCUGAUGGAACUGUACGAAGAGUUGAAUACACAGCUGACCCUCAGAAGGGAUUUAAUGCUAUAGUAAGCAGAUCGAAACCAAAGGAACAAAUUGAAGCAGAGGCUAUCAAAGUGGCUAAAGCUCUCGCUCAAUCGCAACAUUAA